AUGGAUCAAGCAACAGAUCUUCUAUCACGGGUCGAGCACCUACUGCUCAAGCCGCUACACCACUCCUCCCUCCAGGCACUCGCAGCAUUCCUGGUCUGGUACGUGGUAUACCAACGAUACUUUCAUCCGCUGAGGAAGUUUCCAGGACCAUGUAAGCAUACCACUCUCCCACCCACUCAUCCAUCCACCCACCCACUCACCCAGCUACCUACCUACCCACCUGCAUAAACAAACAAAUUCUCGCUCUCCCCCCCCAAUAUCACGCUAACCGGGGGAAAAAUAACUCCAAAGUCCUCGCAAGCUUGACCGUCUUCUGGCGCCUCUCAAACAUCCUCACAUUCAGACAAUCCCUCAACGACCACGCCCUGCACCAAAAGUAUGGCCCCGUAUUCCGCGACGGGCCCAACUCGCUAUCGAUCGCCGACCCGCGCGCCCUGGAGCCCAUCUACGGGACCAGGAACGAGUUGAGCAAGACGCCCUGGUACCUCAUCAUGGACCCGGACAACACGGGCGAGGACUAUAGCGUCUUCUCCAGCAGGAGGGCGGAGCAGCAUAAGCGGUUGAAGAAAAGGAUUGCCGGUGCGGUAUGUCCGAUUAUAUCAUGCUUCCCCCCAUGAAUGGAUGGGCUGAUGAUUUUCUCUCUCCGGCAGUACUCGAUGACAUCCGUACGGGUAUACGAGCCUGUUAUCGACAGGAAUGUUAACGAUUUGUUGGCCUGGAUGAAGGAGCUCAAGACUUUGGACGUGUCCGUUUGGACACACUAUUUCGCUAUGGACUGUAGUACGUUAUUGCGUUUUAACCUCUCGUUCUUCCCCUAAUGGCGAAGCAGUGCACUACUAACGUUCAUUGCAACUCCAGUGAGUGAAAUCGCCUAUGGUAAUCGCAUGGGCUUUCUUAUUAAUGGGACGGAUGUCAAUGGUUAUCGUAAAGCGCUGCAUGUAAGUCCGCCGAAGAAGGAGUGAGUGAGGGUGGGUGUGAAUAUGCCCCGAGCUUUCUGGCUGGCUUGGUGUGGCCGAUGCGUACUCCUGGAGCAGUCUAGCCGCUUUCGUCCCUGGUUGAGAGGGAGGGAAACAGGCAAAACAAGCAAAUAUGGGACUGACCAUUUGUUGGUUUAUGCAACAACAACAGGAGUCGGUGGUGUUCAUCGCUACAAUGGGGUACCUUACUGGUCUGAAUUACGUUAUAAAAUCCAAAUGGCUGAGCCCGUAUCUUGCGCCCUCACCCAAGGAUAAGCAUGGGUACGGACAUAUGAUUGGGGUAAAUUAUAUCUUCCCUCUCUUCGCCCUUCCCCUUCCACUCUUCCCCCUCCCCCUCCCCGCUCUCCCAUCUCGCACCUCAUCCCAUGACUUAACUAACACCCACCAGAUGACCCAAGCCCUCGCAACGGACCUGCUGGAGAAUGGCAAUACAACAGGCAAACGCAACAUGUCACACGACCUCCUCCAAUGCCGAAACGACGACAACACUCCCCUCAGCAAGAAGGAGCUAAUAGGUGAGAUGCUCGCCUUCACGACUGCGGGCUCGGACCCAACGGCCUACGAGAUCAGCUCCAUCCUCGACCGCAUCUGCCGGCACGGGGAGGUGCGCGAGAAGGUUUUGCAGGAACUGCGCGGGGUGGGGGAGCUGGAGCAGAGCUCCGCGGAGGGUGUCGUGACGUACGCGCAGACUCUGCGACUGCCCUACUUCCUAGCGGUGGUGAAGGAGACGAUGAGGUUGAGUCCCGCUUUCCAGGGACAGUUCAGCAGGGUUGCGCCGGAGGGGGGUGAAGGGUUGGAGGUGUUGCCGGGAGUGGUGGUGCCCGGCGGGGUGUGGUUGAGCGUUAACACUUAUAUAUCGCAGAGGGAUAAGCUCAUCUUCGGCGAGGACGCGGAGGAGUUCAAGCCCGAGAGGUGGUUGCCCAUCGGCGGGGAUAGGUAUCAUGCCAUGGCGAAGCAUCUCUCCGUGUUCGGAUACGGGAGCACCGCCUGCAUGGGGAAGUACCUCGCCUCUCAAAAGAUUAAUAAGACGGUUGUCGAGGUAUGAUAAACCUUUUCCCCCCCUCAUCCUCACAUCGCCCUUUAAGGACGCCGGCCGGAGUGCAGGGUAAAUGUCGUGUCACCCUUCCACAGCCGCUAACUCCUCGCCCUAUCCGUCGUACAGAUAUUAAGACGCUUCAAUGUAGAACUCAGGGACCCAAAAGCCCCGCUGAAGGAAAAGAACAUCAUCCAGAUGUUCAUCUCUGACCUAUUCAUGACAUUCACGGAACGGGAGAACAAAAUAUAGAAACGAACAAAAAAUAUUGGAAGCGAUAACGGAAGCGCCAUUAUUGGAGGCGCUCUCACCCCCAUCACGACACGAGUCUCAGGAGUUUAGGUGAACUUUUUUUUUUUAUUUUUUAAUUCUUUUUUAUAUAUUUUUCUAUGUUUUUUCUUUUUCCCUUUUCUUCUCACUUUAUCCAAUACGAUAUCAUCACUGUACCACCACCACCAUCUAUUCAUUUUUUUUUUUUUCCCUUUUCAUCUUUCCAUUCCAAUUUAAGCGCAGGCAGGCAUGUCCCAAAGAGAGCAUUAAUCCCAUUUACCACAACAUACCACUUGUAGUUUAUAAACCUUCAUGUACAGUACCAUACCAAUUGAUUGAUUGAUUCACCCAUUCAACACUUGCAAUUUACCGUACCGUAAUCCCCACAUCAUCACAAAAUAACCAACACUUUCCUCCUCCCCACAACCAAACCCAGCCAUCGGGCGCACAAGGCAGGAAAGGAAAGGAAAGGAAAAGAAAAGAAAACGGCUACGGUAGCACGGGAACAGCCACACGGCCUCCUCCGAAACAGUCACAAGGUCUACAAAGUAACCCCCCGUACCUACCAGGUACUCGAGUACAGUACGGUACCGCACUCACAAUAAACGUGAAUUUUGUAUAACAAUCAUUGCAAGCCAAACUCGCCAGGGAAGGGGAAAAGAAAAAAAAAAAAAGUGCUUCACGUCAUGUCUCGGCGAAGACCUAUAUUAUACUCGUACUAAAAAAAAAACCCCCAAAAAAGGCUCGGGAGUAAAAUUAGUGAGUGAGUGAGAAAACCAUUUUCUGUAGACUACGGUAAUUGUAUUGUUGUAUUAUGGGGUAGUGGUUUGUAUUGUACUUGUAUUAUUACAUGGUAUUUAUCGCGACUGUGUUUAUCAUACGUACGGGUACAGUACAGUACGGUACGGUAAUCAAGAAAUGUAUCUCACUCUACUCGAGUACAUGACUUUAAUAAUAAGCCUCCGAGGACAUUGGGGUUUUUUUUCUUUCGCUAAGGGUUGUCGAGUUUGUGGUGGGCGUGGCGUUAACUGUGUAGCCGUACUCUACUCGUAGUACCGUACCGUACGGCAGCCUAAUAUGAACGACGGUCUAAAUUACAGUGCUAGAGUACUAGCACAAGUACCGUGUCCCAUCAUAUCAUACAAAUGUUGGAGAAAAGGGAGGAUUCAAGUUUGUUUUUUUAUUCGGGGAUUUCCGAGUUAUGACAAUAUCAUCAUACCAGUACCGUAUAGUACUAUCAUUGGAUUGCGGAAUGCUUGUAUAAAUUUACGAUACCGGUUGCUAGGGGUUGUUUCGGUGGGUGGUGUGAUACAGUAUAUGGUUUUCCGGAGGGAGGAUCUGUUGAGAGUGAUGGAUGGUGAUGUGAUUGUAGUGAUUUAGGUUGAGUUGAGAAUCGUGUUGUGGUAGUGUAUGAUAUUUGGGGGGACUCUUGUGCGUGGCUUGGUAUCGUAUGAUAUCAUACUGUAUAGGUUACGCGAUUGGUGGAUUGAAGUUGAGGGUUAACGCCGUCGUUACCAAGAUCGAUCAGUAGACUAUGAUACCUUACCUACGAUACCAUGUGUGCACAUAACUGGCCGUCAGGAUGGGAACCAAAGGAG